AUGCGUAAGAGUGUAAUUUUUAGUAUUAUUGUUGCUAUUUUAAUAAUAAUCGCUGUUGCUGUUGCAUUAACCGUUGUUUUAACAAGAAGAAGUAGUACAAUAGAAAAAACAACAACGACAAGUACCGGAUCACCCGGCUCAACAUCCAUAGGAACAACAACGACGUCAACGACAAUGUUAACAACAACAACGACAUUAACGUCGACUACGACAACAACAACGUUGACAACAACAACUACAACAACAACGUCAACGAUAACAACAACAAUAACGUCGACAACUACAACGACAACAACUACGACAAAGCUGAUGUUUAUAAAUAACACCAAUCCAAAAUGGACAUCAGAAGGUUAUACAUUUGCUGGAGGAAAUGGUUACGGACAGAAUUUAAGUCAACUCUAUUAUCCUCGUAGCAUUUUUAUCGUUGAUAAUGAUCCUCAAAGUAUCUACAUUGCUGAUACAGGUAAUCAACGAAUUGUUGAAUGGAAAUAUAAUGCAUCAAACGGUCAAGUAGUUGCAGGUGGAAAUGGACGAGGAAAUCGAAUAGAUCAACUCAGUGACCCAAUAGAUGUGUUUGUUGAUCAAAAAAAUGAUUCACUCAUUAUUUGUGAUCAAGGAAACAGGCGAGUUCUACGAUGGUUUCUUCAAAAUCACACGGAUCCACAAAUAAUCAUCUCUAACAUUUCUUGUGGUGGUCUUACAAUCGAUAAUAAUGGAGAUCUUUAUGUUUCGGACUAUAAUAAGAAUGAAGUAAGACGAUGGAGCAUAGGAGAUAUAAAUAGUACAAUAGUAGCAGGUGGAAAUGGAAAAGGACAAGAACUUAAUCAAUUGAAUUAUCCUACUCGUAUUUUUGUCAAUCGAGAUUAUUCAGUGUAUGUAUCUGAUGCAGAGAAUUAUCGUGUGAUGAAAUGGAUUAAAGAUGCAGAAGAAGGAAUUAUAGUUGCUGGUGGUAGAGGUGGAGGAACUAGUCUAGAUAAAAUGUAUAUGACUAAUGGAGUGAUUGUCGAUCAUUUAGAUAAUGUCUAUGUGUCUGACAUGGCAAAUAAUAGGGUGAUUCGUUGGGCGAAAGGAUCACAAGAAGGUAGUAUCAUUGUUGGUGGAAACGGAUCCGGAAACCAAUCAAAUCAAUUCAUUAGUCCUAGAGGUUUAUCAUUCGAUCAACAAGGCAAUCUCUUCGUUGUCGACAUGUAUAAUUCUCGAGUGCAAAAAUUUAAUAUUGAUAUUGUUUGA